AUGGAGGUGAAGAAAUGUGAAAGAGGAGAGGAAGAGAUCCUGGGCAUGUUAGCAGCGAGUACCACUCCGAGAGGAGAAGUGGAAGAGAUGCUGAUUGCGAUCUCCCCACGAAAAGACUGUCGACUCAAAAUAUCGAUGCCUCCUCUAACGGUGGAAACAGAUGAGGAGUUGCUGGUGGCCAGUUUCGAUGGAUCGGCUACGAUAAAAAAGAAAGGAGGGUCGUUCAGUGCCGUGAUAUGGAAGUUACCCGAAUGGACGAUCGUGGCGUCCGAAUCGAGAUAUGUUCACGAUCUGACUGUGAAUGAAGCUGAGUAUAAUGGCUUGCUACUGUGCUUUGAGUUACUCGCCGAUCUGGAUAGGGGGCGAGUAAUACUGUGUGGAGAUUCCAGUCUGGUGAUUCGACAGAUGCGCGGUGAGAUCGACUGCAAGGCACCGGGCCCUCAGCUUCUGAGACACAAAGCGUUGGAGAAGCUGCAGUCAUGGCCUAGUCACGAGUUUCUGCAUAUGAAGCGAGAGUGGAAUCAGAGCGCAUAUCGACUAGCCAGCACAGCAUUGCAGAGCGAAAAGGGAAGAACUGUUGUAGCUGAAGAGGAUCGGCAAGAUCUGAUGACUCUGAACCGUCUCGAUGAAUUGUUGAAGCCCAAGCAAGAUGGUCAUCUAGCUCGGGUAACUGCGAUCGCGAGAUCAGCCAGGAGGAUACGUCAUGAACCUGAAGUGAUACAGGAGGAGAUAUUACAGAGGAUCAGGAUUCAACGAAUUGUCCAAGCUCAAGAUGAAGAGCGUUGA